UAUGUAUUUUAAAUUAGUUUAACUUCAAAUAUUAUUAUCAAAAGGUUUAUCAAACAAAAAUUAACAAUUGGGUAGUUAUUGACACAUGGUCUGAAAGUCAGAAGAGUGACUCAUUUUUUUACUGAAAAAUUAGUUUCUGGUAAGUAUACUGCUAUGGCAACAGGGAUCUUUUAUUUGUCUGCUAGUGUUAUUUUUAAAGACAGCAAUGGACCAAUUUAUAUUUUAUGAUAGCUGUCAAUAAUCAGUUAUCAAAACAAACUGCUUUAUAUGCAACAAAAGGAAAACCAUCAGUAGUUCAAGACAUUCUUAGUGUGUCUGGAGCCUUAUUUAUUAAAAAAGAUUCUUAUGUUAAUGUUUUUGUUAUGAUUGAAAAUGAUAAUAGCUGGUCCAUAGAUAUUGAUUCAACUUUUUCAAUAGUGUUUCUUGGGUAUCAGACAAAUAUUUUUGGUGUAACAACAGUUCUCACAAAUAGUUUAGCUUACACUACAUCUGGUUGGUUUAAGAUUGGAAAAUGGAAAUCUCAAUCUGCAGCAGGUCCAUUUUUUGAUUUUGGAGGAGGAUUUAAUCCAGACACUGGAGAUUUUGUUGCUCCUAAAGCAGGUUUUUACAUUGUGAGUGCUGGAAUAAAAACGGUUCAGGCAAGUGCAGUUGGUUCUACCUUUACUUUAAAUGUUGCUGUUAAUGGAAAUCCAUCUACUUUACAAUACCAAAAUGGAAUACAAGACUAUCUUCAUAAUGGUAAUGUUGCACCUACUACAAAGUAAUAAAUAAUAAAAGUAUUUAAUAUGGAGAAAUGUGACAUUGGAAUAAGUCUUAACAUUCAUUGCCACAAAACUGGAUUUUCUAGAUAACAAGGUUUUGUUCAAUUUAAAGAUCUUUCUUGUGAAAAACAAAAAGAAAUAAUAUGGCGAGCAAAUUUAAAAGGAAAACAUAGUUCAAUAAAAAUUAUAUGUUGUUAUCAUGUGCAAUUCUAUGGAAAAUAUUUUGAGAAAAAAAUUAAAGUGCUGCAAUCCUUUUGAAAUAAACAAGAAAAGUAAAAGAUUUACUAUAAAAGGUAAUAUAAAGAUUUCCAUAGACAUGGCAAAAUUUUUGCAAGAAAAUAACGUUUAUGUAACCCCAGGUUGGAAAUUCUGCAGUAAAUGUUACAAAAAAGCAAUAGAAACUGAAGAAGAUUUAAAUUCACAGGAUGAACGGGAAUCAAAAAGUAUUAUACAAGACUAAGAAAUUAGAUUGUUAUAAUGUCAACUGUUCUUGGUGUUGAUGGAGAAGGUCUUAACCAAAUGGAUGGAGUAUAUACUGUUUUUUUAGAUGGAGUGUAUUUAAUAUCAAGUACCUUAGUUAUUAAAACAAACGAAAGUCAAAUUUCUAUUGGGUUUGAUUUUUUUUUUUUUUUUGAGAGAUAAAGAAAAGUAUGAUGAUUAAUGUAAGAAUUAAUAUAAUAUAAUAAAACUUUUAUGAAUAAGUGAGAUUCUUAGCGAUAAAAAAUUUUAUUUUAUAAAUCUAAUGUAAUACAUAAAACUUUUUGAAUAAGUGAGAUUCUUAGCGAUAAAAAAGACAACACACUUUAAAGCGGUUGUAAACUUUAGUUUACAACCAUUUUAAUUAUGUUCUAAUAAGCAUUACCUGUAGUUUUAUAUGGAUAUGUGUUGUGUUAGAAUUUUAUAUGUAAGAGUAUAAUUAUGGUAUUGAAAAAAUAUGAAUGUUAUUGGAGUAAAUUGUUUCAAGUUUUUAUUUAUUUAAGUAAGUAUGAACAUGUACAAGUAUAUAAGUAUGAAAAUUUUAAAAAAAGGUGGUAAAAAUAAACUUAUUUUAAAGAUUGAUUAUCCAUAGAAAAUAAGUUAAAUCGAGAUACUUACCUUAUAAACUGCAGUUUGUGAGGUAAUUUUAAGAAUUCUAUGAUUAGGCAAACCUGUAAGUUCUGCCGUCCUUGAGAUGUUAAAAUUUUCUAGAAGUAUAGAUAUUUCAUUGUUUUUCAAAUUUAGAUUUUUGAGGUCAAGGAAUAGUUACCACAACUACUGUUUUUGUAAAUAAAGUAAUGAUCUGUUAUAGAUUUAAAAAUAUCAAAAUUUUUUUAUCUUUAAGAGUAAAGAUUGGUAUCAAUGCAGACUAAAGUGGUUUUUCAAUGGUUAAAUCUGGUAUUGGUCCUUCAUAUUUAUAUCCUGUAUGUUCUGGUAUUUGUACUAUUUCAAUAACAGAAGCAGUAAAAUUUUUAGUUAGUCACACUGUUGCAAUUUUUGUCCAAUUAAAUGCAUUGACAACAUAUGUAUCUGAGUUAAGCGUGUUUAGUCUAAAGCUUAUUAAUCCUCUGAGAUCAUUAGAUGGUUUUUCAUGUCAGUUAUUAUCUGAAAUACUUAUAAGUUUAUCAGAAGAUCAAAAAAUAGUGGGAUGGUCUGCAGUAGAGUCAAUACAUUAAACAAACUUCACCCAAGCAAAUGAAUAUAUUAUUUCUAAAGGUGGUGUAUGUUUAGCUGCAUUUAAUAUUGAUCUUAUAAAUAUUUAUGGCUUUAUCAGUAUUAAGCAAAAUUUGGGUACAUCUUUAAUUAACCUUUUUGAGUACUACAAUGAAGGAUUGUUACCAUUUAGUUUAUCAUUUACUACUGUGGUUUCUUUAAAUGUUGCAGAUAUGUACUCAUUUAAAAAUAAUGCUUUGACUGUUAAUUCAUAUUCCAUUGGUAAGCCAUCAUCAAGUUCACUAACAUUCAUUGGCGUCGAUACUUUUGGAUUUUUUGCAAUGCAGUUUAGAAUUAAUAGUAUUUUUUAAAAUCAAAGCAAAUGGUAUCCCAUUAAUGGCUGGAUUACAAAUGGAAGUUCUUGGUUAUUUGAAUAUGGUCAGGGAUUUCUUUCUAGACAAGAUUAUAUUGCUGAAAAGUCUGGGUUUUACUUCAUUACAGCAAAUAUAAUGUUUUAUUAAGCUCAAAAUAAAAAUUUUUUGGAAAUGGUUGCUGUUCUUAAUAAAGUUGAUAGAGUAUUGUAUGAUCUUUAAAAUCAUCCACUACAUCAACAGUUUGUGGAGGAGUUUUUUUAAACAACUUAGAUUAUUUGCAACUUCUAAUAAGACUCAAUUCUAACAAUGAUAAUUUGAUAGUCAAAAGCAAAUCAUCAUUUUCGAUUGUUUGAAUUGAUAAUAUCUGGCAGAUAUAGUCAAACGAAUGAACGUGAAAACGACGGGAAAAAUCCUCGAAACAACCAUGGCGUUUCAUCACGUUUCCUUAUUCAAGCAUCCUAACGUGUUUUUUUACCGAAGUCUUUUUGAGUAUAUUUAUAUAUUAUUGUUUUAAUCAAGUAUUCGAUUAAAUUAUACAGGUUUUUAUCG